GUGGGUGAAUUGUGUCAAUACCCCAAUAACUCAGUACAGCCUUCCAUUUUGCUUCCUCUUGUUCGAGCAAACACUACCACGUUUUACAAAACAAAAUCAAAAUUCCUACAAAACUAACAAACCAAUAUCUGUGUACCUUGGAACCCUUUAUGUAAUUUUUUUUCUUUUCUUUUACUGCUAUCAUUUAGAGGUUGUGACAAAAAAUCUAUGUUUUGAGCAUUGAAUGAAGACAUAAGAUAACACUUUUAUGAGGAAAUGUCAGGUUCAGAGAACCGUCGAGAGAAGUUUGCUGGCUUGACUCUUGACGACGUCUUAGCCAAUCAAAAGAGAUUAGCAACUGCACCACCUAGCAAACCAUCACCUCCGAAGAGUCGAACGCUUGUAGACACCAUCAAAGAAGACGAGAUCAACAAAAAAGACCGCAGAUCUUGGAAAGCAUUCAAGGACAAGAUUCGACUCAAACGCACUGGCUCUGCUUGGACAUCAACGAUUCAUAUUCCAACUUCAGAUAUUCCUAUCCAAAAUCCUAAUAGUAGAAGUUUUUCUCAAUUCGGUCGUCGCAACUCAGUCCGAAUCCAAACUCACCACGAUGACUCAGACAUGUCAACCACCCAAUCCAUGACUCACCAAGGGGACGACCCUGACUCAUCGGAGGAGUCCAAUCCUCCGGCCACUAGACCACAGUUCACUCGCCGCAUCUCCACACGUCUCUCGGUCGAAUCACCAGAAAACUCCUCUGGCGGAGGAAAUCUCCGGUCGCAACUCUCACGAAGAAAUUCCACCAAUGUGUCAUCAGAGCCGUUUCACCGAGGACGUGUAGUGACUUUUAGAGACAACUUCGAUGAGGAUGAUCCCGACGAUGAUGACAACAAGAAACCAGCGACAGUGAGGGCACUUUCAGCAAGGGAGGCAGUGGCAGCGCAGGAAGCGGCAGAAGCUGCUGCAGCAACAGAGGUGGAGACUUCAGAAGGGGCUCCAAUGAUGAUGUCACUAAUGGACUUGCUGGAGGAGACUGAUAGGGAGAUGGGAUUGGAAGGAUCAAGGUAUACUUUGAGUGAUGAAGAAGACAUCAACGAUGAUGAAUGUGAAGAUGAUGAGGAUGGAGAAGGUGCCAUGGAAGAGACUUGUUGUAUUUGCAUGGUGAAACAUAAGGGUGCUGCUUUUGCUCCUUGUGGCCACAGUUUCUGCAGGAUGUGUUCAAGGGAGCUUAUGGUGGCUAAGGGAAGCUGUCCACUCUGCAACAAUUUCAUUGUAGAGAUUCUCGAGAUAUUCUGAUUUUUUUUUUUUUGUUUACAUGUUCUGGCCUCUCUUUUAGUUUGAGAUGCCUAAAUGAAGUUAUGAGAUAAGGGAAAAACAUCAACGUUCUAAUUGGGAUGAUAUACAUCAUCACUAUAUCAGAACUGCCGGUAAUUCAAAUAGUUGAACUUGUGAUUCCAACAAAACAUAUAAAAGAACAAGAGCUUAGGUUAUG